AUGCUGAUACUGAACUGUAUAUCGGCGAUAAGCCUCGUGCUCGUGCUCAACGCCAUCGAAUCCCUGGGACACCUGUCGCCCUUUCAUCGGGUGGCCGGCCUCGAUCGUCGAGCCCUCGAGAGAAACAGGACGGAGAGAGGCUAUCUGAAACUCACGGACGUGAGAACGGCGGAAUCGUGCGACGAGGGAACCGAGUCCUGCCGGACAACAUUCAGUACCUACGUCAAUUAUGUCGAGUCGGAUCUGCGCGAUUUCCCGAGGGAGAGGAGCCCGUUCGAGAAAAUCUGGCUGGAGAAAAUACCGCUGCCGCCGAUCGCCGUGGCCGAGUCCAGAUCGACGCCCAAAGGAGCUUGCAGGCGACAGCUGAGCCGCUACUUCCAAGAUCUGAGGGAUGGAAAAUUGUGGGCGGUGCAGAUGUUCGACGCAUCGGCGAAAUAUCCGUACGGCAUAAUCGACGGUCAGACGCGUCACCUGGGCAGCUUCGACCAGUGCUACCGGGUCGACACCUGGCUGGCGCCCGCGACCAAGUACGAGCGACUGCCCGAGCGCGUGCGAGGCCGCUACUGCCUCGUGGACUUUGAGUACAAGCAAAAACGCGAUCGGCCAAGAGGACGCAAUGGGCAAAAACUCGGCUUCGACUUCAAUCCGAAAGGCUCGGCUUGGGAGGCCGUCAAGGAAAAGGGCGACUUUCGCAGGGUACGACGCUACAACGUGCAAAUGGCGCUGUGCGUGCCGGCGGCCUGCAGCCCGGCGGAGGUGAGCCAGGCCCUGAGCGCGCCCUACGACGACUUCGCCGCCCAGAACGACCUGUCGAUUCGAGUCAGGAUCGACGAGCACAACUGCCAGACGCAGGCCGAGGAGCCGCGAGUGUCGCGGGGCACCCUCGUCUACGGCCUCGUGCUGGGCGGCAUCGUCGUCACCGUGGUGAUCAGCAGCAUCUACGACGGCACCCUGGAGACGCAGGAGGAGAGGGAGGGCAGCAGCAACGCCCAGAAGCUGCUGCUCUGCUUCUCGGCGAGGCGCAAUCUGCGCACCGUGUUCGAGGUGAGCUACAAGCAUCGGGGCCUCGACACCAUACACUUUUUGCGCUUCGUCUCGAUGUGCAUGGUGCUGAUCGGCCAUCGCAUGAUGCAGUACUACUUCAAUCCGGUGGUCAACAAACGUUACCUCGAGAUGACGUUCGACGUGCCAUCGUUCGUUAUCGUGCACAACGGGCCGAUCAUAGUCGACGGUUUCUUCGCUAUCGGCGGCUUGCUCACCUGUUACGGACUGCUGGAUCAGUUCGACAAAACCAAGCGCAUGAACUUCAUCGGUCUGACCUUCAUACGCUUCCUCAGAUUCACGCCAGCGUACGCACUGAUGAUCUUCUUCAUCGCCUACGUGUUUCCGCAUCUGGGCUCGGGUCCCGAGUGGUCGCAAAAAGUCGUCGCCGAGUCGCAGCACUGCGCCUCAACUUGGUGGGCCAAUCUCUUCUAUCUUAACAAUUACCUGACCAUGGAUCGAAUGUGCAUCUUCCAAUCGUGGUAUCUGUCGGUGGACUUUCACUGCUACCUCGUCGCCAUAGUGUUGAUCUAUCUCUUCUGGAAGUGGCCGAGAAAGAUCGGCUACUCUAUCCUCGGGCUGGUGACUCUUUUGAGCAUCGUCGUGCCGUUUUACAUCACCUACAAGCAUCGCAUACAGCCGCUGUUCAUUGGAUUUCCACAUUUAAAUGGAUUGGCGGACGACUCAUAUUUUCUCAAUUAUUACGUAAAGACACAUCUGAGAAUGAGCGCCUAUCUCAUAGGGGUGAUAGCGGGCGCGAUUCUCUACGAUUAUCAGAGGGCAUCUUGGCGCAUAUCGAAGGAUUACUCCAAGACGCUAUUUUUCGUACUAGUCUUAGUGAUGAGUUAUUACUCGCAGUCGUACGGUUUUCGUUUCUACGACCCGAACGUCAGUCACAGCUCGCUGGAGAUGGCCGUCUACGCGAGCCUUCACAGGGCCACUUUCGCCAUCAGCUUCUGCUCCAUUAUUUUGCUCAUCGAGAUGAGCGACGGUCUGAACGGCUAUUACAAAUUUUUAACGCCUGGUUGGUGUCAGCCGCUGGGACGGCUCACCUAUAGCGUCUUCCUGUCUCACGGCGUCAUACAGACCUAUCACAUGGCCACGGUCCGAACCGCCCGCACGUUCACCAUCAACAGCACGCUCUGGGAUUUCGUGCCGGACGUCGUUUAUUCGUUCUCGCUGGCGCUGCUGAUCGCGAUCGGUAUCGAGGGACCGUUCCGCAAAAUGGAGAAGCACUUCAUCAUGAGGCGGACGACGAAGAGGAGCGAUCGUUCGACUUUCAGGGACGAGUCGCCGGCUUACAGCAUACCAGAACAAUGUUCCGAGACCAAGGACGUCUUCUGAUUCGAUCCUUACUGUAUUUGAUAAUAUUGUGAAAUUGUGUAAAUAACUAGUUUCUGUAAAUAUGUUUAUUAGUUAGUGUUUAUAUAGAAUAAAAAUAUUUUUUAUGCGUA